CGGACCUGUCUGCUGUACAGAGGGAGACUGGAUUAGAGUUAAAGCACAAGACUGCUUUGCAUGGAACAUUUCCUGCCGCAUCACAGUGGAUUCUGUGUCAGUAAGCCCCAUAAUGGACUGCAAUAGAUGUACUAUAGAGUCCAGUAAUAGCGAAGAAAGUAAUAACAGAGACACCAUGUCUCCAUGCCAUACAAAUGCUAAUACAGAGCCAGCUAUAGCAGAGGAUGGUGGUGAAAUAAAAGGACCUGAUGUCAUGUCAAAAAGACAGAUGAAGAAACUUAUUAAACAAAAGCAGUGGGAAGACCAAAGAGAUCUCAGGAAGCAAAAGCGAAAAGAGAAGAGGCAAAAAAGAAAACUGGUGCGACAGGCCCAAAUAGAACAGAGUGUGGAUGGCAGUAACAACAAGAAGGUGCGCCGAGAGGUCCAGCCCAGUACAGUCCGUCUCAUAAUAGACUGCAGCUUUGAUCAUUUGAUGGCAUUAAGGGAUGUGAAAAAGUUAAACAAGCAGAUUAGAAGGUGCUAUGCAGAAAAUCGCAGAGCAAGGCAUCCUGUUCAGCUUUAUCUAACCAGCCAUGGUGGUCAAUUAAAAGGUAAUAUGGAUGAAUAUGACAAGGGAUGGAUCAAUUGGAAGGAUAUCCAUAUCAAAUCCGAGCAUUAUAAAGAUCUUGUGAAAAGUGAAGAUCUCGUGUACCUGACAUCUGACUCCCCUGAAGAACUCCAUGAGCUAGAUGAUACCAAAGCUUACAUUAUUGGUGGCUUGGUAGAUCACAACCAUCACAAGGGUAUUACAUACAAAGGGGCCCUGGAUCUUGGAAUCAGUCAUGCUCAGCUUCCCCUUGGCAGUUUUGUGAAAAUGAAUAGUCGCAAAGUACUGGCAGUGAACCAUGUGUUUGAGAUCAUACUUGCAUUUCUAGAGAAGAAAGAUUGGAAGGAAGCCUUUUUCUCUGUUCUACCUCAACGUAAGGGAGCAGUGCCUCUCAAUGAGUCUUCUGAUGCUCCUGCGGAUGUUUCAUCUACUCAAGAUGAUGAUGUGGAAGACUUGGACAGUGACUUUGACCUUGAAGAUGAAGCAGCCCAGGCAGACUUCAGACAAGAAGAGGAUAUGAUUGACAGCUGACAACUAACAGACCUGGGUUUUUUUUUAAUUUAUAUAUUGUUUUUCAAAAACAAAAUGUGACCAUUUUCAGUCCACCAUGAAUUAGCAUUGCUUUAAAUAAAUAUAUUUUUUAAGUAAUAUGAAA